AUGACGAAGAUGUCUGAUCUCUCUAUAGAUGUGUUGGAGGAGAUUCUUUCUAGGGUUCCGGUGACAUCAACGAGAGCAGUGCGAUCUACUUGCAGAAAGUGGAACACUUUAUCCAAAAAUCUGAGCUUUAGAAAGAAGCACCUUGCUCAAGCAGCUUCAGCACUGAGAAGAGAAGGGGAGCUUCAGGCGAUUGUGUUGUUAAAUUUUAGUCUUUAUUUGAUGAGCGUCAAUCUCCAUGGAACUCACAGCGACGACUUUGAUCCAUCUAUAAGGUCUAGAGGUAAUCUUAUUAGCUUAAACGAUUCGGAUAUACUCAAAAUCACUCGAGUAUAUCACUGCGAUGGUUUAGUGUUAUGCGUCACAGAAAACUACACUAGGCUCGUGCUUUGGAAUCCGUAUACAGGGCAAACUCGGCGGAUCUGCGCCGAACUCAGAUCCGCUAAGAACAGUGGGUACUUGUAUAAUCAUGCUCUCGGAUACGACAAGAGCACCUAUAAAGUCUUGAGGUUUUGA